AUGCCAGGUUCUCAGAACAAGAGACUGUCCCUCAACCCAAUGCUUAUCCUUAUUCAUUUGUUCCUCGGCAUUAUAAUACGAGGUAGAGUCUGCACAUCUGUCUGCGGUCUAACUCAUUUGCUAUGUGAGGUUAUGAAGAUUCUCAAUUCUGACCAACAGCAUUGCCCGAUCAGGACUACAUCCUUAAUCUUCUCAAUCAAACUUAGUUACGCUACAACGCAUAACGCUGAGAUAGUGGCUACCUCUCCAGCCAAAUCUGUCCUGCAUAGCUGGCGAGUGUCCAGCAAUGAUCUCAUGCGCAAUAGCCCCUAUUUCAGAGCUCUGUUGGAUCCGCACAAGUUUUUGGAGGGCAAGAACUUCAUGAGUCAAAAGAUUCAAGCCCAACAAUUGACGUCAGAGUCGCCGGCUGAGGGCGUCUCUCUUGGUGACAAGCAAGUUUCGAAUUCGCAUGAGCUGCCAAUCGUCCGACUUCCAAACAACCAUUUCUCCUCGCGCCUUGGGAUUGAUGCCGUUGAGCUCUUUCUCGAAGUCCUAUCUUUUGACUCCUUUAAAGAGGAGCACCAGAGCGCCUUCAGCGCCAGACUCAAAGUGCAGCCUAUAUCUCUUGUCGCAAGAUUAGUGGAGCUCGCCGAUGCUUUCAACUCGCCACAGGCCAUCAAGACCGCUCUGAAACAGUCAGGCUAUGCCUUUGGCAAGGGCAAAUUCCCUCUCACGAAGUUCGAUUCAUCCUUGUUGAAGCUCGCCGAGGAUCGGAUACGACAGACGAUAUUCGUGGCCCGGUGCCUCGAUGAACACGCUAUUUUCCAGGUGUAUACCCAUACACUCGUCGUUCUCGGAUCAAAGUACUGGACGAACGGGGUCGAAGCCCAUGAAACUCCCACUUUUCCCUGGCGAUACUUCACCGGUGGGAUAGAAGAGGAGCUCUAUUUCCGCCGCCAAUGUGUCCUCAACACGAUCACAGAUCUGCAAGCCCAUUUCCUCCGUGUCUACGGAGCCCUCGAAGGACAAGACGAAGCAACAGCAGUAGCGACCUCCACAUCAGCCUCCUCAUCAUCCACAACAUCCACCAGCACCAACUCACAACCUCCACCGCGACCCCCAUUCUCUCUCCCAGCAACCUCCACAACCCUCCACCCCCGCCACUUCCAAUGCCGCUACGGCUUCGCCAAUUCCAGCGCCUGCGACGCCUUCCACCUCGGCCAAAUGACACGCUUCUUCGCCCUCCGCACCAAAACCAUCUUCCUAGGCUCCACCCUCAUCGACGACCCAGACUUCCUUCUCGUGCUAGACGAUGAAAACGAUGGUUCCGAAACGGACCAAGCCAACAGCCCUAACCAGCACCACAACCCCCCAUCACCUCAAACACAGCAACACCAACAACAACAACAACAACAACCAACAAACAUAAUCGCCCUCCUCGCCUCCCUCAAACAAUGCCCAGACUACCAAAUCGACGCAAAUCACACAGGCUGCGGCAUCCGCCGCCGCUUCCUGCCGCCGCUAGACUGCAUCGAGCGAUUCGUCGGCGACGGCCGCGGCCUGUUGGGCGUGGACUUGUUGUCUUCACGCUGGGACGCGGCCCAGUGGCCGUUGGCGGCGGGGUCGUGGGCGAACCGGGCGCGUCCGCGCGCUUUGGUGCUGGAUGUGCAUCUGUCUCGCAUUAAUGCUAUCCCUGUGAUGGCGCGACCGGGGUUUGGUGGUGGUGGGAGAGCGGAACGAGCGGCCAGGGUGGGCAGCUCGCAGGAGGAGAAUGCGAGGUUGUUGUUUACGGCGCGGAGGAGGAAUUGGGAGGCUUAG